CAUUCCUACGCUGGUCAACAAAUCAACCUCCCAGAUUGCAAUCGCGCAACCUGAAAAAAUAAAAAUACGAACUAUGGCCACCCGCUGUGCUUUUGAGAACUCGAACGAGAUCGGCGUGUUUGCCGCGCUAACAAAUGCAUAUUGCCUGACAGGGAUUGGUGGAUCCGAGAACUUUUACUCUGUCUUUGAAGCCGAAUUGGCGGAACAUAUCCCCGUCAUUCAUGCUACGAUUGGUGGCAACCGCUUUGUAGGACGCACAACUGUUGGAAAUCGGAGAGGCAUUCUGGUGCCAAACACGACCACCGAUCCGGAGUUGCAACACUUACGAAAUUCUCUUCCGGAUGCCGUUGUCGUUCAGCGUAUAGAGGAGAGACUUUCAGCUUUGGGGAACAUAAUCGCAACCAACGACCACGUGGCCUUGGUACACCCGGAUACCGAUCGUGAAACUGAAGACGUGAUUGCGGAUGUCUUGGGAGUGGAAGUUUUUCGUCAAACUGUUGGGGGGCAGGCUCUGGUUGGAUCCUACUCCAAAUUCACGAACCAAGGUGGUAUGGUCCAUCCAAGAACCACGGUCGAAGAUAUAGAAGAGUUGUCCUCCCUGUUGCAAGUCCCGUUGGUAGCCGGUACCGUCAACCGCGGUUCCGAUGUAUUAGGAGGUGGUAUGGUGGUGAACGACUGGGCUGCCUUCUGUGGACUUGAUACAACCGGUACCGAAAUCUCGGUGAUCGAGAGUAUUUACAAGCUUUCCAAUCGUGGUCAACAAAGUAUGCAAUCCGAUAUUGUCACGAAUAUGCGAAGUUCGCUCAUCGAUCAACUCUCGUAAGAUGGAGCGAUUCGUUUUGACUAUUGUUAAUUUUCGACUAAGCAUGCUGCAAUACCCUU